AUGUCUUCCUCAUCAAGUGAUGAAGUAGAUGAAGCUUUAGAUGAAAUUGUCGACGAAGUAGUCGAUAAUUACAUCGACUCAAUGGUUAAUGCUCAAACCAACAAGCCGAAGCGACGAAGUUAUAUCGAAAGAGAGCGGGAACUAGGACACAAACAACUAUGGAAGGAUUAUUUCGCGGAAAAUCCAACAUACCAGCCGGAAAUGUUUAGGCGCCGUUUUCGAAUGAACAAAACAUUGUUCCUUCGCAUAGUCCAAAGCCUAAGUACUGAACUGCCAUACUUUCAGCAAAGAAGAAAUGCUCAUGGAAGGUUGGGGCUAUCUGCACUUCAAAAGUGUACGGCAGCAAUACGUAUGCUGGCAUACGGACAAUCGGGAGAUAUGUAUGACGAAUAUCUCCGACUAGGUGAAAGUACUUCACGUUUAUGUUUGGAUAAUUUCACUAAUGGGAUUAUACAAUUGUUUGGAGCUGAGUAUUUAAGAAGACCUACCCCGGCGGAUCUUCAACGAUUACUCGAUGUUGGAGAGGCACGGGGGUUUCCAGGGAUGGUAGGCAGCAUCGAUUGUAUGCAUUGGGAGUGGAAAAACUGCCCAACGGCUUGGAGAGGGCAGUUUACACGUGGUUCAGGAAAGCCGACAAUUGUCUUAGAAGCUGUGGCAUCACAUGAUCUUUGGAUAUGGCACGCAUUUUUCGGUUUACCAGGUCCUAAAGCAGUGCGGUUUGCUGAACGCCAAGAAGCCACCAGAAAAGAUGUCGAACGUGCUUUUGGAGUAUUGCAAUCGAGAUUUGCUAUAGCUAAAAACUCAGCUUUACAUUGGGACAAGGAAAAAAUAGGAAGGAUUAUGAGAUGUUGUGUUAUAUUGCACAAUAUGAUGGCCGAGAACGAAAGAGACGGAUACAAUCAAAUUGAUACAUCAGAGUUCGAGUCGGGAGAGUCAAGCAGAAGUUCCCAGGUGCGAAGAAGAGAAAGUUUGAAUGUCCAUAUUAUGCUUGGCAUUCGCACUGAAGUUCGAAAUUCAGAUAAACAUGAUCGUUUGAAAGCUGAUCUCAUCGAAAAUAUCUGGCAAAUGUUUGGUAAUGUAGAUAAUUGA